CAUCUUUAUGGUUGAAAAGGCAUAAAUCAAGCUCAGAUAUCGUAUACUAAAUAAGCAGCAGGAUAAUAGCGCCGAUUAAGUAGUUCAAGAUAAAGCUAUGUUACAUAAUUAAGUUAAAGAUUUCAUGCACUUGUUGUUGUUACAUUGAUUAUAUAUAGAGAGGAUAGAUACAAGGAAAAACUGGAGCUUUGAACCAAAGAUGGCUGGAACUGGACCUAUUGGUGUUAUUGAAGACGAGGAAAAUGCCUAUACUGGAACUAGAGUCCGGCCCUUUGUUGCCACGCCAAGGGUUGAGGAUGAGAAGAAGCAAAGUCCCACUACCUUGAACAAGAUUUUAUGUCUUGAAGAGCUUUUCUCUUUGGAGGUUUGGAGAGCAUCUCUGGCAGAGCUCCUUGGGACAGCAGUGUUGGUCUUCGCAAUGGACACCAUAGUCAUCUCCUCCUACGAGACACAAACAAAAACGCCCCACCUUAUAAUGUCAUUUCUUAUUGCUGUCACUAUCACGGUUCUCCUCCUAGCCACGUUUCCCAUUUCCGGUGGCCACAUCAAUCCUGUUAUCAGCCUUGCCGCGUCACUCACCGGAGUUAUCUCCCUUUCACGUGCCGCCAUUUAUAUAUUGGCUCAAUGUGUUGGGGGCGUACUAGGGGCACUUGCAUUACAGUCUGUGGUGAACACCAAAAUUGAGCAAACAUUUUCUCUUGGUGGGUGCACCCUCACUAUUGUUGUGCCAAGUGCAAAUGGGCCACUUGUGAUCGGACUCGAGACGAGGCAGGCCCUAUGGCUGGAGAUUAUUUGCACCUUCGUAUUUCUUUUUGCUUCCAUAUGGAUUGCUUUUGAUAAACGUCAAGCCAAGCACUUGGGUCGAGUGGUGGUUUGCUCUAUCAUUGGUGUUGUGGUGGGCCUUAUCGUAUUUAUCUCAACUACUGUAACUUCCACCAAGGGCUAUGCAGGGGUUGGGAUGAACCCUGCAAGAUGUUUGGGUCCGGCUUUAAUUAGAGGCGGCCACCUUUGGAACGGACACUGGGUUUUUUGGGCUGGACCUGUCUUUGCUUGUGUAGCAUUUGCCCUCUAUACAAAGCUCAUCCCAAGUCAACUGUUGCAUAAUUGAAUGCCUGAAACAAGGGUGGCAUAAAUAAGUAAUCUUUAAAUGAUGUAAGAACAUGGAUACUUAAUCAGUUUCGGAUGCUUACGUAUCAAACUAAUCUGAUCCAAUUAUAAAUGAACAUCUCUUUUUCUCCGGAA